AUGACUGCUAUGGCUACCCCCGAAUAUACCCAUGUCGAGCUAUUGACGCUGAAUGGACCGGAAUACCGCAGGGUGUCAACUGCCCCUCCUCGCCUCCCUAGCGAUGAUGAGAUUCCUGUGAUUGAUCUUGUCGGUAUUGAUGGCGACCUGGACGCGCGUACCGUACUCGCGGGAAAGAUCCGCGCUGCUGCUCAGAAUACAGGAUUCUUCUACAUCAAGAAUCAUGGGAUUUCCGAGGAGAUGAUCGCGAGCGCUCUCACGCAAGCCAAAGCCUUUUUCCAUCAGCCGCAGGAGGAAAAAGAAAAAGUAUCCAACUUCAAGUUAAUGCAUAUGGAUGGAUACCAUGCGGUAGGAACUACGCAGGUUAACAAAUCUGAGACAAAGGUAACAGACCGCAAAGAGACCUUUUCCCUUCGCUACAACGGCCGCAAUGACCCAACCGCAGGACCAGACACCCCAGAUGAUCGAAUCUGGGAUGACUCGCCCCUCUGGGCUGGGACCGUCCAUCUCCCAAAUUUUCGCGAAACCAGCAUUUCAUUCUGGCAAGCACGAUUAGUCUUGGCGAGAAAACUGGUCCGUAUCUUUGCGCUUGCCUUGGAUCUCUCCGAGGACUAUUUCGAUAGCGUCAUCACGCACCCCGGCUCCGAUGGCCUAUACAUCCACUACCCUGGUACACCCGAGGCCGAACUCAAAGAAGAUAGAAUCGACGUGGGCAUCGGCUCACACACCGACAUUCAAUGCUUCACCCUCCUCUGGCAGGAUAUGUCGGGGGGUCUGCAAGUUUUGUCAUCCUCUGACGAAUGGUUAGACGCUCGACCCAUCCCGGGCACACUUGUCGUCAACAUUGGGGAUUUCCUGCAGCGCUUAUCCAACAACCGGUUUAGAUCCACGGUGCACAGAGUAUAUAACCGGCAAAGCACAUCACGGUAUUCGAUGCCGUUCUUCUUCGGGUUCAAUCCCGAGACGGUGUGUCAGGUGGUGCCGUCUUGUAUCGAUGAACAACAUCCCGCACUUUUCGAGCCUAUCUCCUGUGGAAAGUGGCACCGCGAUCGACUGGCUCUUGCUCAAGGAAAGCUGGCUACUGCAUGA